ACGCCCUUCCUUUGGUUCUCCGACUCAAAGGUUUGCAGAGAAUUUCAAUUCCCACGUUGAAUCCUCCCAAAUUCCAAUGAAAUAACAUUUCAUCAAAAAUAAUUCCAAAACCAAAUCCCCUUUCCCCUUCAUAAUUCGCAAUGUCCGGUUCAUCACUCAUGGAUUCCCUGUUUCAACGCAGUUUAGAGGACCUAAUCAAAGGCCUAAGACAACAGCUGAUCGGCGAACAAGCGUUCAUCUCCAAAGCCCUCGAAGAAAUCUGCAAGGAAAUCAAAUCCACUGACCUCUCCACCAAAGCCACUGCUCUCCUCAAACUCUCCCAUCUCUCCAAUCUCCACUUCCACGGCAUGUCGUUCGCUGCUUUCCAUGCCUUGGAAGUCCUCUCCUCCCCUCGUUUCUCCCACAAAAAGAUUGCUUACCACGCAAUCUCACUUUCCUUCCACGACUCCACCCCUGUCCUUCUCCUCAUAACUAAUCAUCUGCGCAAGGAUCUUAACAGUACCAAUGAGUUUGAAGUAAGUCUAUCUCUUCAGUGUUUGUCUAGAAUUGCUAACGUUGAUCUCGCUAGAGAUUUGACCCCGGAGGUUUUCACUUUACUGUCUAGUAAUAAGCUUUAUGUUCGGAAAAGGGCUGUAGCUGUAGUUUUAAGGGUUUUCGAGAAAUACCCAGAUUCUGUUAGGGUGUGUUUUAAGCGUUUAGUUGAGAAUUUAGAGAAUUCCGAUCCUCAGAUUUUGUCUGCAGUUGUUGGGGUGUUUUCUGAGCUAGCUUGUAAAGAUCCCAGAUCGUAUCUUCCUCUGGCACCCGAGUUUUAUAAGAUUCUGGUUGAUUCGAGAAACAAUUGGAUUUCGAUUAAGGUAUUGAAGAUUUUCUCUAAGUUGGCUCCUCUAGAACCGAGGUUAGCAAAACGUGUUGUUGAGCCGAUUUGUGAUCUUUUGAGGAAUACUGGGGCGAAAUCAUUAUUGUUUGAGUGCAUUAGGACUGUGGUUACUAGUUUGAGCGAGUAUGAAUCUGCUGUGAGGCUUGCGGUUGGAAAGGUUCGGGAGUUUUUGGUGGAUGAGGAUCCGAAUCUUAAGUAUCUAGGAUUGCAGGCACUCAGGAUUGUAGCUGAAAAGCACUUGUGGGUAGUGUCAGAGAAUAAGGAAGUUGUAAUCAAGUCAUUGAGUGAUGCGGAUCCUAAUAUAAAGAUUGAGUCGUUGCGUCUUGUGAUGGCAAUGGUAUCUGGACAUAAUGUGUCUGAAAUUUCCAGGGUUUUGGUCAAUUAUGCAAUGAAAUCCGAUCCCGUGUUUUGUAAUGAGAUUCUUGGUUCUAUUCUAUCAACUUGUUCUAGGAAUUUUUAUGAGAUUGUUGUUGACUUCGAUUGGUAUGUUUUACUUCUCGGUGAGAUGUCUAGAAUCCCACAUUGCCAGAUGGGAGAAGAAAUUGAAAACCAGCUAAUUGAUAUUGGUCUGAGGGUCAAGGAUGUUAGACCAGAACUUGUCCGUGUUGCUCGUGAUUUGCUGAUUGAUCCUGCUUUACUUGGAAAUUCAUUUUUGCAUAGUGUAUUAUCUGCUUCUGCUUGGGCAUCUGGAGAAUAUGUUGAGUUUUCAAGGAACCCGUUAGAACUUAUGGAAGCACUAUUACAGCCUCGCACUAGUUUGUUGCCACCAUCAAUAAGGGCAAUUUACAUUCAGUCUGCCUUUAAAGUGUUAGUUUUUUGUCUUCAUACUUGCUUUGUGCGAGGGGGAAGUAUUGUUCCCUCUGCAUCUAUGGAUAAUUUCCCCGCUGGAGUUUCAGCAUCUGCAUCCCAUGAAUCAUUUGACGAAAUUUCUGUUGAAAAUAGUGCAGAUGCGACUGUUGUACAUGGCCAGACACAUGCUUCUGCUCCUAUCACCAAGGCGUCCAUUGUAAAUCUAUUGAAUCUGGUUGAGUUGGCUUUGGGCCCUCUAUUAGGAAGCAAUGAUGUUGAAGUACAGGAGAGAGCACGGAAUUUGCUUGGUUUUGUUGAUUUGACAAAACCAGAAGUACUGAAUUCAUCGGUUCAAGAGAAAGAGGAUUCUGAGGGAAAAGGAGUGGAAACUUCCAAAAUAAUCAAACUGAUGUGCGAUGCCUUUUCCAAGGAGCUCGGACCUGUCUCUUUAAGUGCCCAGGGAAAAGUUUCUCUGCCUGAUGGGUUGAUGCUUAAGGAAAACCUUGUUGACUUGGAAAUGAUAUGUGGUGAUAUCAAACCACCUUCAUCAUACUCAUUUUCUUUUGGAAGUCCUUACGAGGAGGAGAAGGAUUGGUUGUCUUUUUCUAACCUGCAUAUUAAGGAAGACUCUGAACAAUCAAAUGAGUCCACUUCUCUGUUAGCUGAGCAUCGUAAGCGCCAUGGGUUGUACUAUCUUCCUUCAGGGAAGAGUGAACUAAUUUCAAAUGAUUAUCCUCCUGCCAAGGACCCCACGUUACAAGGUGAUAUCAAUGAUAACACUGAUGAUCUUGUUGAAAUCACAGAGGAAUCCCUUAAUCCAAAGAGAAAACCAAACCAUGGCAAGCCCAGGCCUGUUGUGAAAUUGGAUGAAGUGGAUGAGAAACCUGUUGCAAUGAAGCAGCCUGAGCCUAGAGAUGAUUCACUCUCAAGUGCUGUUCGUGAUGUUCUUUUUGGUAGUGAAGAUAUUCCACCCACUUCUUCUCGAAGCAACCUUUCUAAUAAUCCAUCUAGCAAGAGAAAAGGAAAAGAAAAACAACAUACGGAUCCUCGUGUGGAAUCAAGAGAAAAUGUAAUUGAUAGAAAUUCUAGUUCAAGGAGGAGCAAAGACCGUAGUCAUGGUAAGGAGAGAAGAUAUAGAAGUCCAAAGAAGAAAAACGCCGAGGAAAGAAAAAAUACUGAUCAGAAAGAAAAAGAGAAGAGACAUCGUGACCAUGGUAGGCAUAAAUCACGACAAAGAGCCGAGGAGCCUUUGAAAGUUCCUGCACAAACGUCAGUGAUUCCUGAUUUCCUUUUAUAGCUUGAGAGAAAUUGGGUGAUAAAAUUAGCCCCUGUAUUCUGCCUUCUUGUGUGCUUAAGGUUAGUUCUGCUGUAAAUUUAUACUUUUUCGUUUUCAUGGGGGUAUGUGGUUUAUUGAAAGUUGAACACUGGGAUUUGUAUUUGGAGUUUACACAUUUUGAGAUUCAAUUUUGAAACAUUCUGU